CAAAGAUAGAUGCAUUCAUUGUGAAAUGUUGUGUGUGUGGUUGCCGAAAAAUUGAUAACUGUUAAAUGUUAAGCUGGUUUAUGAGGACUAUUAAUAAUUAUAUAUUUGUUUAAUUAUUAUAUUUAGUUUUUUAUGGAUGGAGUAUUGAAUUGAUUUUGUUUUAUGUCAACAUGAAUACAGUGUUUGAUAAACUUUUCAAGGCAGGUUAUCACAAAGAUAAUGCAUGUAUCCAAUAUCACAUUCCCCAGUCUGAACUCACUGACAUUGCAUAGAAACUUAUUAUGAUGAAUAAAGAAGAAAGUGAUAAUAUAAACUAGACAAAAAUAUUUACUGCAAAUGAUCAGUGACAGAAUAACGAUUUAACCAAUGGUUUUGGACAACAACAAAAACAUGUAAAUGUGGAUGAUCUCCAACGAUGGAAAGUGUGUCUGUCUAUGGACAUGGAAUGAAGUUUAAGGCAGAUGAGUGCGUUUCAAGAGACAGUGGUUAUGAUUUGGAAGCGGAUGAAGCGCUCAGUAAUUUGGAUUACAAUGUCAAUGAUCUCAGGGACACUCAAUGGUCUGGGGUGAGAGGUCAAGGUCAGAGGGAGAUUGCGGAGGGUUGUUUUUCCGGUCCGGUGAAUGGAGAAUAUUCCGGUGGGAAUCUCCUGAAGUGGCGUAUCCAUGGAAACCAGAAAGUAGUCGAGGACAACGGGAGCCAGUUGCAAUCCAGGAACUCUCUACAUUGGGAUGAAUUUUUUGGAUCUUCUCUUGACUUGACCCCAACCUUGCUAGGAAUCUAUGACAAGAUAGCAUCAGCCAAUCGGAAUGAAGAUCAGCCAGACGGGGGCCAAUCAAAUGUCUUCAAGACCAAUGAAAAUCUAGAAGAUGAAGAAAACAAUCAGUGCCAUUCACCCCCGAUGUUGCCUCGGAUAGAGCAGAAGUCUCUCAGCCAACAAAAGGUCCGAGAAUUGUAUUUACAAUCAUCGUUGUCUGAAAGGGUUGACUGCAACAAACCUAGCAAACUAAGAAUGGACAACACUGACAGCACUGGAGAAAUAGACAACAAGAAGCGUCCAUUGAGUAUUAGUUCCAUGUCGUCAUCAUCGACGUCCUCGUUGCCACGCAGAAGUAAGCGUCCGAACCUGAGUGAGUAUGUGGCGUCAGUCACUUCUAGCAAGCUUGAUAUCGAGAAAUUGGACAACCUGUUGUAUAUUGACGAUGAGCAAGAGCAUGAAAUCCCUGAACAGAGUGCUGAUGAAUCAUCCGAGUGUUCAGACGAAAAGCGUAGAUCUGGGGACUCUGAUUCGCAGACUUCGAUUGACCACCAAGACCGGGACCAAUCGGAUCUUCAGUUACAAGAGUCAAUAUCCUUACACCAGUCGGAUUCUAUUCUGUCUUUCACACCAUUGAAUUCCGAAAACUGUAGCACAGUGGACUUGUCUCUUAACUCAGAUCUGACCUCGUGUGAGAGUGGGCUGGACAGAGUUCAAAGGUCACCCUCAAGGUCAUCUCAGCGGUCAGCGGCUGUUUCAAGAUCAUCAUCUCAGAAAUCUGGACAUUAUGUGAGCUAUGUCCAGAGAGUCGUAUCAGAGUUACUGGAGACUGAAAGAACAUAUGUUCUCAACCUACAAGACAUAAAACAGGGUUAUUACGAGUACCUAAAGGCUACACAACCAGAACAUCUAUCCACAGAGGACCUUAUAUGUCUCUUUGGGAACAUACUGCAGAUAUACAACUUCAGCUGUGAAUUCCUGCGGCAGCUGGAGAUGUGUGACCUGGAGCCCAUCAAAGUGGCCCAGUGUUUUGUCACCAACAACAAGGGCUUUGAGAUCUAUGCCGAGUACUGUACUAACUAUCCAAGUGCAGUAGACGUUCUGACGCGGGUGAUGCGAGACAGUGGUCUCAGUGAUCUGUUCAAACAGAGACAGCUGACCAUGGGUCAUGGAUUACCCCUGGGGGCGUACCUUCUGAAACCAGUCCAACGGAUCCUCAAAUACCACCUACUACUGCAGAAUAUCCUCAAGCACUACAACAAGACUGAUGAUGGUUACGACACACUGGUUGCUGCACAUGACCACAUGACUGACAUGUCCCAUCACAUCAACGAAAUGAAGCGCAAGCAUGAGCACGCCGUGCGCGUCCAGGAAAUCCAGAGCCAGCUUGAGGAUUACGAGGGCGAGGAUUUCACGAGACUUGGUGAACUCGUGCUGGAGGGUUCCUUUCGAAUGAUUGGAGUGAAGGCUUCCCGUCAGAUGUUCCUGUUUGAGAAAGGAGUCAUCAUUGCUAAACGCAAGGAAGAUGGAAUGCUCAGCUGUAAAGCUUUCAUCCCUUGUGCCAUGUUGAUGUUGGUUGAGAGUAUCCCACGGGAGCCCCUCAACUUUCAGAUCCUGCCCAUUGAUAACCCCCGCGGAGCUCACAUCAUACACGCUCGUAACCUGGAGCAGAAGAGGAAGUGGUGUCAGGAGAUCAAGCGUCUGAUGGUGGAGAGCUACGCCAACAAGAUCCCUGACAACGUGAAGGCCCUCAUCCUGGAGAGACUUGGAAAGAGCAAGGACGAGGACGCCUUGGCCAAGUCUGGAAGCACGGAUCCUGGCAAGAGUCAUGUAACCACACCAGACUACCUCGAUAAAAGGAACCGGACUCGAAGGAAAUCUGGACCCAACCUCUUGCAAGCUAUUCGCAAAACAGAAAUUCUUCGACCGCAGAAGAACAAAAAACUUCCAGGAAGGUCAAAGGGUGAGGCAUCGAGCCCAAAACUGGACAUCCCAGAAAGUGCGCUGUAUCCCAAAGAGACAAGUCUUCUCAUCAACAGCAACACAGAGCACUAUGGUUUUCGUAACAACAUGCCGGGCCCACUGAAGGCAGCGAACACUUCCACCCCAAAAGAGAACCUGGAGAACCUGUCUCCAUCACGUAAAUCCAAGCGACCCCUUACACUCCAGAGGAGUCUCAGCUUCCAGAAUUCCCAACGCGGUCUUCCAACUGGAAACCCAGAAGCGCAUUCCAUGGAGAACCUGGUCAAUUCCGAUGGUCCAAAGAUACGUAAUCCUAGUUUCCGCCUGGCUACUCAAGCUUCUCCGAUUGGUUUCGAUGUCAGCGAAGCAUCCCUUCGAGAAAGUCCUGAAAAUCUGUCACAGUGUUUUCUCCUAAGGGUAUUCUUGUUGAUCAGAAAAAUGCCAAUAAUCUGCCAGAAAAUGUUCGUAAAAAUCUAGAGAACUUGGAAAAGCCAGAGUGUCCAAACGAAAUGAGCCCUAACCACCAAGGAGUGUUUUUAAACACUACUGAUAACUUAAAUGGGAGUUAUUUGGAUGAGGGAAGUCUCAGAAAACGGGGCAGGUAUGGUAGCAUGCCUGCUUUGAAUUCAGAUUCACCGAAUACUCGGAGAGUUCCUCGCUUGUAUUCGGACCGUGGGGCAGGGAGCCCAGUUCUGAAUCAGAAGCUACCUGUCUGUCAUUCAAAGAGGAUUGAUGGUGCCUCUUCUUUUCGAAAAUAAAUCAGGCAGCCAGUCAAGGUUUGCAAGUGGAACAUGAAGGGAACAAUCUGAACAAGGACCACAAACGUGUUAAUGCUUUCAAUGACACUUUUACAAACAUUAGAAAAUCUCAGGACAAUUUGGG